GUUCACUGUCCAUGACAAAGAAAACUGAGAAACAUCAGAUACUGUGACAGCUUUGAGCAAAGCUUUUCAACUCAUUUGUUAAAAACUGCUCGUUUUAGAAUGUAGUGCAUCGCAAGAUCGGUCUACAUUUGAAAUGCUUCUUGAGGAAUGGAGAAACUGAGCGACGGCAGGCUUGGAGAAUGCCACUCGACCAGUUUAAUCUUCCAGUUAGUUCCUUUUGUUAUUGGUGCAUUACUGCAAAGGGUGAAAACCCUGGAAGGAAACAGGUUUUGAUGCCUUACAGCAGAUCUUUCCAUUAGAUACUGGGCAGAUGGUGAAACUAGAACCAGCUGUUCCUUCAGAUACCUCCCAUGACAGAAAAGGGAAGAACGCUCGCGGGCAGAGGGACUUUUAGAACAGAGGACGCCAGGCACGGAAGAGUUGUUGCUCCGAUUUGACAAAGAGGAUUUGACAACAGUAAGGGCCACAUAUCAGCACGGUCAAGUCGCUAUGAGUGGCUCCUCCUUGCAAAAGGUCUUCUUUUGGAAAAAGAAGAAGAAGAAGAAGUCACCUGUGAACAAAGCCUUCAGUCAACUGAAGAGGGCGCUACCCAAAAAGAAAAGCAAGAGAAAGAGCAUUCUGCAGAGGCUGAACCCAAGCAAAACAAAGAAGGACAAGCAUUCCCAAAAGAGAUUCUCCCUGACGACAGACAAGAAAUCCUCAACGCCGCUGAAGAGACUCUCUCUGGGUAACAUAAGGAAGGAUUCUGUUCAGGAUGGCUCUGUAGGAAGGAAGGAAAACGACAAAGGGGGACUGGACCGGUUCAGGGAGCAGAUAAGAAAGAAGUUCACUCCAGAAAACAAAAAAGAGCUGGAUGGCCAACCUGGGGCGGCUCCUCCGCCGGUGGACCUGAAGGAAGUCAACGUGGAUAAAACGUCUAAAAAGAAACUGAAAGACAUCUUAAGAUCCACUCGUCAAAUUGGAUCCAAAACCAACAGACAGAGUUGAGAGGAGAAAAAAAAAAUCAUGUGGAGAAGAAGCCAAACGACAGACAGACACGAGGACUCAAAGCUUUUAAUGUCGUUUUUGUGAACUGCUACCAUAACAGGUUUCCUGUUCGAUAACAAUAAGGUCAGUUUUCCAGGAUGUUGACAGAAAUUAGCCGCGCUGUAUUUAGGCUCCAUUACCUCUCCCACUUACUUGUCCUUUCUGCUCACUUGUGCUUUACAGAGCAUUAAAAGCUAAAACAACAGUGGUUUGCCUCUGGCACGUCUGAGUGACUACACCAGAUAAUCCAUUUGAUACCUAAAUCAUCACAAUUAUAAAUAAAAUAACUGUCCAGCAAAUAAUGUGCGUCACAAAGACAAAAAAAAAGAUCCAAGAGGAAAGCAGCUUAUAAAAUAUGUGAUUGUGAAAAAAUAUUAAAGAUCAUACAAUAAAAUAAACAUGGCAGGUCCAGGAACAUCCACUUAUUUCUACACCCGUAUUUAUGAUUGCCUGGUUAAAAAUAAUAGGGUAAAAAGAGCUGGAAGAUGUUCCCUGUUCAGCUUAAGAGGAUGAUUCUGAUUGGCACAAAACUCAUUUGAAGAAGCACUUUGUAAGCGUUUAUAGAGAUUCUGAACAGAUGAAAAGGUUUAGACAGAGUCCGACUGUACAGGCCUUUGGCCUCACUGUGCUGUAAACUAUUUGAACAUGAAUUUGCAGCCUUCUCUACUAUUCUGAUCAGAUUUAUUUCUAUUCAAGUUUCUGCCAUAUGUUCUUAAAGCUUAUUUAAAAUUAAAAAAAAGUGGCAUGUGAGGGAUCCAUCGACUUUGGAAUGCAAUUUAUCAUAAAUACACAGAAAAUGUAGGGGAUUACAGCUGGACUGGUGGCAGAUGCUAGAUAAGAAAAAAAGGAAGAUUUGCCUUUCAGAUCAUAGAGAAUCACAGCAAUGACGGGACGGAUAUGCAGUGAUCACUAAUAAAAAAUUAAAUUAACCUUUAAAUUAACAUAGCUGACCAGGACAUAAACAAAUGUCUGGACUUUAAAGGUUUUCAAGUAAGAAAGCAGCGGCAGCAUUUCUAAAAGUUAGAUUUUUUUUUUUGACAAACCUGUCCAUGAGUUGCUUACCCAAAGUGUACAGUUAAUGGAUCAGAACUAAUCAACAAAUCAGUUAAUAUUGUAAUUAUUCCCAAAGUAGAGUUUCCCUAAAUAAAAGGGUUUAGGCGUUUAAAUUAUUUUAUGUGAUCUGUUGCCAAUUUAACCAUUUAAAACAGUCAAAGAGACCUGGCUUACAUUUCAUUUUCUUCUACCAGACCUGCACUCUGCUGACAGUUCUGCCGUUCAACCCCUCAGUUUCGUUGUCAGUGGUGAGCUUCUGUGGAAACUGGUUGAACCAAUUCGGGGAAAACCAUAUGAAAUGUGCGUCGUCCCUCAUUGCGUGCCCAAAGAUCUGAGUCACCACGCGACCAGGACGCCUCCGACCGUACAGCCGAGUCCUAGCAGCCUGAAACGGUUUCAGCAAAAAAAAAAAAACGCUGAACAAGAGAGGUUUCACUGCGACCUGGGUUUCCUUACGCUUACUGGGACAUCUUGCAUCUGGGGGAUUUCGGGCCGGGCUUACCUGACCAUCUGGCCACAGAUGGGACGUCUACACACACGGCCGCACAGCAGAGCCCAAUACACACAAAACACAUUCAGUCAUUUCCUCUGCGCGCUGUCAACUUGUUCCAGGUGUUCUUCUGCUCCCAUCUCUUUGGUCCAAUAGCUUGGGGUGGUCUCCUUCCAUGUGCUGAAGCCUGAUUAUGGAGCAACAUCUGCCAUCAGGAUGGAGUUCUAAUGUCAGUUCUUUCCCUUUUGGUUUACCGGGCGCUGACAGAGUAACUUCUGUCCUCCAUCAGUGCAGGUUAAAAAAAAACACAAAAAAAAACUCUUUUUGAGUCUGGUUAGUCUGCUGAGACACCUGGAAGCGUGUUCAUUCAACUGUCCGAUGUGGGUGAUGUCUCCCAGUGACUUUAACUCCACUUCUCCGAAGAAGCAGGGAUGUCCUCGGAGCCUUUGUGAAUGAGAGGUACCCCGUUGCUCUCGUCUACCCUCCGGAUUGUACGCAUAGACCUCUACAAACAGUGUUGGAGAAACAGAUGAGAGUAUGAGCAGAAAGUUGAAAUCAGGAAAAGGGGAGAAAAAAAAAAAGAGUUGGGAUUAGAUUGAUGGGAAAACAAGGUAGAGCGGGUUAGUCAUGUCCAAAAUGAAAAAAAAAAAAAGACCCAAAUGUGCCGAGAGAAAAAGAUAUGAAACCCAUUACUGUAGUUAGUCGCGUUUGACCGGUUAAAACGAGGAGGCUGUCGCAGGGGAAAGCAGACACACUGGUCCAAACAAACAGCAUGUGGUCAGAUUGUGCAUUUAUUCUCAUUAAUUAUAACAAUGUUUGUACAAAAAUAAACCCCAAAUAUGAUGAAAAUGUUUCUGAACUGAAUGAUACUAAAAGUAUUCCUAUAAAUGGAAAUUAAGUGUUAAACAAUUAAUCAUUUGCAAGCUAAGGACAAAUAGUUUCAAUGGAAUACAUAGUCACCCAUUAAAUAUCUUGCUGUAAUGGAAUUCCCUUUAAAGAUACACACAGGUAAUGAUUUGCCCUCAUCAAUAAAAGGUUUAGCUUUCUUUUAAUUACACGCCUCUCUGCAUUUCAUUAUCAAAACAGAGUAAGGACAAAGGCUCUCAGUCCCGCCCUCCUUCGCGCGCAAACUUCCCUUUUGAUCUUUUAAUGUCAAAAACAAAACAUGGAAAACAAUGAUUCCCUGCUCUCUCAAAUACACAAGUGCACACAUACGAGAUACUCGUGACUGCACUUCCUGUGGGUGAGUGUGUGUGUCAGUGCACAAUUCCAACAUAGACACAUGCCAGAGUAACGAGUCAGAGGAAAUGUGGCAAAAGAAAAAGAAAGCAUGACCGCGCUAUCCGCCGGCAUGCAUCUGGACAGGCUUAAGGCUUCACAACACAAGCACACAACCUAAGACGCACACACCAACAUGCUGCACUGAAGAGGCACAAAUACUGCGGUCACAAUAAACUGAGCAACAGCUUGGGGGGGGGGGGCAACGGUACGAUUCCAGGCAUCUGGGUUAUUCCAAAAAAGAAGUCUGUUUAUAGCGCGAGGCACUGGGGCCAUUAAGGGCUUGUUUUAUGAGAUCGGAGGAGUCUGAUCAAGGUCACUUCUUGAUGUUUUGCAAAACUUUGCCUCAUGGAAAGUUUGACUUCUUUCCUGGACUUGCAUGCAUAUGCCUUGAAUUAUAUUUUGCAUGGAUACUGGGACGGGUGUUGAGCGCAGAAGUAGACUAUCUGCACAAACAUGAAGAAAAGCCAUUAGCGAACACGGCUGCCGUGAGACAAAAAUCAGCUCACGCGGCUGGAGAAAAUUUCCAAAAAUAGUACUUGCGCUCAAGUAAAGGCAGAAGCUAGAAUGUGGUGAAGGUGCUGCAGACAACACAGGGGGGAAGUAGCAGGUGCAUCGGGGGGGGGGGGGGGGGGU